AUGAGCAUUUUUCGCGUCGUCGGCGCCGCCGCGGCGAGGGUCUCCGACGUCAUCGUCGGGAGCGCCAGUGGCACAAACUCGCCCGUCGACGACAAAACUCCUCGGGGCAGAAGUCGACGGCGCCGAUCGAGAUCAAAGAAGCCUGCUCCUCUAACUGUCAAGCGUUGCAACUUCAUCGAGCCGCCGACGGAUGUCGCGACGCUCAAAUCGCCUGUGAUUCCGGCGUCCGCGACGCCCUUCUCGGAGGCGGGCGACGACGCGUCGCGGGCCGAGCGAUACGACGAGGUGGGCGACGACGCGUCGCGGGCCGAGCGAUACGACGACGCGUCGCACUCGGCAAGCGACGCCGAGUCCUACGACGUCGAGUCGCGGAGCGCCUCCGAGGGCUCCUACGACGUCCACGUCAGCGACGCGGACAUGGAUGCGGUCGUGGGCGCCUACGAGGAGGCGCGCGCCGCGCUCGAGGCCAUGACCGAACGCGCGGCCGCGGCGGAGCGCGUCGCCGCGGACCUGGAGGCGUCGCUCACGGGCUCGCGGCUCGAGCUGAUCGCCGCGAGGACGAAGCUCGCGACGGUCGAGCGCUCGUUGGUCGCCGCGCGCGACGCGCGCGAGCGCGCCGAGCUCUCGCUCGCGGACGCGCUGGCCUCGGCCGCGGACGCCGACGCGCGCGCGGAGCAGCGCCUCGCCGAGGCGCUGGCCUCGUCCGCCGCCGCGCGCGAGCGCGCGGAGCGACGGCUCGAGGAGGCGCUCGCGUCCCGCGCGGAACCCGAGCCCGUCGCCAUCGACCACCUCCAGGUCCUGGUGUUUUACACGACUGCGCUCCUCGCCCUGUCCGCCGCGACGUACUGUUCUUCUUAG